UUGAGUUAGCGUUUUGUGAUCAGAAUUCAAACAAUGGCUUGAUGAAACUGGUUUCUUUCAAUUCACCUUAUUUAGUUAUUUAUCCUCUGUCGGUAACAUUUAAAAUCUAGUGUCAGUGUGGCAAAAUGGAACAACCAUCGCUUGAAAGGCCGAGUAUCAUGUUACCAAAUAAUUUAAACCCGAAUGGCUACACAUCAUGUAUUAAGAUUUCUGGAAUCCCUAUUCUUCCGCCCUUGAUCACUGAUGAGAGAAGGAAAGAAAUCAACAAUGACAAGCAAAAAGCUGUUGAAGUAGAAAAGAAGUUGAAAGGGAAACGCAGUAGCAUUGAUAGUGGUGUGAUGACCGGAAGUUAUACAGACCAUUUAAAAAAUACAGAAUUUCAUCAGAGUGAGUCACAAUUUGAUCAAUCUUCCUUUAUCGAUUUGACUCUGAAAAAAGACUUUGAAAAUGACUCUUCCAUGCAAUCUUUUGAAUCAAUGAGUUAUGCUGUAAGUGAUAGUUUCUUAAAGACUGCUCUAGAAGACCCUGAAUUCAGAGAUUUCUUCUCUUCCACUGCUGAAAAAAUAUUCAAAGAUAACAAAAUUGAAACCCUUCUAGAUAUCCCUGGUGAAAGUGAUACAACUUCUUUACAGUUAAAUCAAGUUUGUAGUAAAGAAAGUGAAAUCCAGUCUUCAGCAGGUUUUUCAGAAUCAAGUUUUCAAAGAGGUUCAGAUUUUGUUGAUUUGAGUUUUAGUGACAAUGACAGUCUUGCUCCUUCUGUUGCUGAAUCUAAAACCACCCUUAGGAGCCCAGAAAGUAUAAGAAAUAGGCCUACUGAAGAUGACUUGGAAUGCAGGCAAGACGAGCGUCCUUCUUUACCUCCUAGGAUCAGACGAAACUCUUACACUCUGGAGAGUCCGAGCCCUGUCCUGCUGGAACAUAUGGCUAAAGAGAAAGCAAACAAUAAAACAACAUGGCAAACGCUCCCUGAUAAGAAAGAGAAAACCAAAGGACCCGGAUUUAAAACAUUUUCAGGCCGAAGUCAAAGAAAACACUGGAACAAGAACGCUUGCAAUCAGUCUUCCAUAUUAGGAGUAGAAAACUAUCGUUCCAAAUACACAUUAAGGAAGUCUAACACAUUUGUUAUGCCUGAGACAAGGGUUAAAGCGAGCAAUUAUUCACUUCCUGCUAGUUCUCGUACAAGUCCUGUGGGCUAUUCAUCAUUUACUCGCUCUGUUGACUGUCUAAAAUCUUUGGAGGAAAACUCUCUGUAUGAAAUAGCGAAACAAAUAAGGGGUAAUUUAGGUGCAAGCACUGAAUUGGCAAACAAAAUGAGCAGGCCUAUCACUAACUGUAAAGAUCUCAAUGGAGAUGUGGACUCCCUCUCAACCUCACUCAUGCAAAAUGUUUGUGAAUUGCAAUCUGCGUCUUCUAAUAAAACUUCACCUACUUCAUUAAUCAAUAAUCCCUCAAGUUGUGACAAAUCAUUCUGCAGUACAGAACACUGUUCUCCUCCUCAAAUAGACUUAAGUGAUUCGGCCAGUCAGAUUUCAGUCACCACACAAUCUACAUACAUCCAGAAAAAUUCACAUGACAUUGCCAACAUUUCCAAUGGGAACAUUUCAAGCGUUAUAAAUCACUCUGAUCUUGAUGAUUUAGUUUCAUUAUGUAGCAGUAUGAGUAUUUCCAGAUAUUUACCUACAAAUGAUACUUCAAGACCUUCAACAGCUGAAUAUACGUCAGGAACAAGUAUUCACCUACUGAAAAUUAAACAUGAAAAUGAACUUAGAGAACUGCUUGAAAAGCAGCGUAAAGAAGAACAGAUUUAUUCUCAACUAAUUUCUACAAGUGGGUCUUUGGCAAGCAGAACUACAACAAACUUAAGUAAUGGCGAUCCUUUUGAUUCAAAUCAUGAAGUAUUAGAUUUUGAGAAAAAGGACUCGUGUAGCCGUGAAUUAUUUCCUAAACAAAAACCUUAUGAAGGAGAAAUGUAUACUAAACAUAUUUUUGACUACUCAGAGAGAGAAAAGGAAGCAGCUACCAAACUCACAGCUUGUGCAAAAGGUUAUUUGACCAGAAGGUUGCUGAAAACUGAGAAAGUUCAGCAGUUGAUUGAACUGAUUAAGGAAUCGCUUACUUGUGCAUUUGCUCUGCAGAAAGAACCGCAUUUGAAACCAAAUGAUCUGGAAUUGCACGCUCGAUUAGCUCAUCAGUUGAACGCAGCACUCUGCGAACUGCAGGAUAUUGUCUCAGCCCCUGUGUCUACCAGAAUGGCCAUCAUUUCUGCGGACAGAGAGAGACUCCGCAGACCGACGUCCAGGCCUUCCUCUGCCAUCUCUGCAGCUACUCGUAAGAGCAUUCUACGCCGACAGCAGAGUUUAAACAGCGAAGAAAAGAAACCUCGUCAAAGUAGAACAAGAACCAAAUCUUUCUCUGACAAUGGAUACACAGGCCCAACAUACGGAUCUCGAGGAAGAAGUGGUUCCGCCAGCACAAACAGCAGCCGUCAGCCUUGGAGGUGAAUGCUGAGAAGCUCAAGCACCACUAAAUCUGUGAUUAAUAAAGUCAUAUUUUUAUAUUUGUAAUUUUAUGCAAUAUGAAGUUGCUAGAGUAGAACUACCAUUGAGGUCUUAGUGUUUUGUAAAAGACAUGAGAAAAGACAAGAGUCUGAAUCUGAAAUUAAAUCAUAGUUCCUUAUUUUGUAAACAACAUUUACUAUAAGCUGUGUGUAUUUUUAUAUUUUUACCGUAUAGUUAAGUAAGUACCAUUGUAAACACAUAUCGUUAGGCUUAAUUAAGAAAGCUCUCUAAUGAGGCAUUGUAUACAAGUGCAGUAAAAAGUAAAUCUAGGAUUUAUAUAACUGUUGAAAAAACCAAUUUUAAGCCUGUAAGAAUCUUUGUUCGUACAGUUA